UCUUGACUAAAAAAGAUUUGACCACUCAACGAAUUAAAAAAAAAACGGAUGAAAAAGACGAUAUUGAUAAUAAGCUGAUUUAAAAGUUUUCCACAUUCUUUCCUUUCUUGAGUCUAUUUGCCCUAAAAUCGUUUGAAAUCAGAAGAGAACCCUAAAUUCGUCGAUGCCCAACCAAAUUUGGAAAAUUUUCUCUCUUAUUGAUUCACCAAAUACAUUAUGAUUAUCCCUUCUGCCACAUGUAAUUAUUUUGUUAUUCAUCUAGCAGAUUCGGAUUACGUUUUCUCCCUGAAACCGCUAAAAUCAUAACCUGUACAAUCUUCAAUUUCAUCUAUUUAUGAUUUUGUAAAGACAUCAAAGUCUAUUUUUUACAUUGCGAAAGUAUUGAGCAUCUUCUCUCCACAAAUCUGCGAUCUUUGGACGCGGCAAGUUUCAAUGGCGGAUCAUCAAGAGGACGAAGAUUUGAAACUGGCUCUUAAAAUGAGUAUGCAACACAAUCCCCCGGAGCCGAAACGUAGCAAACCAAUUGAAGAAACUGGAUCCGGAUCUCAAUUCGGUGGUUCAUCCGGCGAAUCGCCGGAGGCCAAAAGCCGGCGGUUGCAGCGAGAGAUCAUGGCUGCCGCGGCGGAGAAACGGAUGAUGGUGUUUCCUAAAAGCCCUCCUGCUCAAGCUAAGCCCAGAGCUUUGGCUUCGCCAAUUACGGUUGGUGAAGAACCUGUGAAGUUCGAUAAAGAGUUGGGAUCUGGUGACGGUGAUGGUGUUGGUGUUGAUUCUUCCGGGAAGAAGUUAUCGCCGGAAGAUUCUGCCCAGUUGUUCACUAUGGUGUUUGGGAAUGACGUCUCGAGAAGUAUCCUUGCACAGUGGACUAAUCAAGGCAUAAGGUUUAGCCCUGAUCCUGAAACUACUAUAGGCUUAGUGCAGCAUGAAGGUGGGCCCUGCGGUGUUUUAGCUGCACUACAAGCAUAUGUUCUGAAAUACCUUCUUUACUUUCCUGAUGACAUAGAUAAAUCUUCUGAAAAUCGUUAUGUUGCGUCAGACUCUUUCUCUUCUGUACUUGAAGAAGCAAAAACAAGGGCCCUUGUCAGGAGCAUGUGUGAGAUUCUAUUCAUGUGCGGUAACAAUAAUCGUGCUGUAAUAGCGAGUUUCAGUAAUCCUGAUGAUUCCAUUACUAAUCAGAAAGAGGAGGCAAUGGGUGGUAGGCUUCCCAUUGAGUCUGCUUCGGAUUUGCAGAAGAUCUUGAGAUUUGAGACAUUCACAUCUCAAUCCAAUGCCCUUAAUAAGCUAGAAGGCGCAAUAACUUCUUUCCAAAGUGGCAUGGGUGCUUUGCUAUUCCUCAUUUCUGCUUUACUCUCCCGUGGACUGGACACCGUUCAAACCGAUAGAGAUGAUCCAGACCUCCCCUUAGUCACUGCACCAUUUGGACAUGCCUCCCAGGAAAUUGUAAACCUGUUGUUGUGUGGAGAAGCGGUUCCAAACGUGUUUGAUGGAAGGAUGGAUCUUGGAGGCGGCAUGUUCCUAAAAGGAAUAUCCAAGAACGUGGAGGUGGGCUUCCUCACAUUGCUCGAGUCUCUCAAUUUCUGCAAAGUAGGUCAGAAUCUCAAAUGUCCCAGGUGGCCAAUAUGGGUUAUUGGCAGCGAAUCACAUUACACCGUCCUGUUUGCACUCGAUCCAUCCGUGCAAGAAGAAAACGAGCUUGAGCUUAGAGAGUCUCAGAUAAGAAGAGCUUUCGACGCAAGAGACCAAAGCGGAGGAGGAGGAUUCAUCAGCGUGGAGGCUUUCCACCAAGUUGUUCAAGAAACAAACAUUAGACUCCCAACAGAGAAGAUGAACGAUAUCUCUGCCACGGGGUUCAUCGUGUGGAGCGAGUUAUGGCAAGUGAUCUUGGAGUUAGACCGGAACUUGGGAGGAAUAAAAGAUUCAACAGGGAUGAUGGGGAAGAAAGUGUUUGAUAUCUUUCAUUUCAACGGGAUUGCGAAAUCCGAUUUAAACGGUGGUGGUCAAGCGAUGGCCGUGGAAGGUGGGACUAUGGUUCCUAUGCAAAGGCCGCGGCUCACGAAACUAAACGUCUCUGUUCCUCCUAAAUGGACACCAGAGGAGUACAUGUCAUGUGCAAUGCCGAGCAGCAGCUCUGGGAAAGAUUCAGAAGUGAACCAGCCUAAACCGGUACAGCAUGCACCGUUGGUGGAUUGUAUUAGAACCAGGUGGUCGAGAGCUGCUUGUAGCUGGACUGGAGAUCCUCCAACCGUCGUCGUUGGCAAGCCUCGCUCGUUGGCUCUCUUGCAAGUGCGUUGGAAUCCUUGUUCCUACUUUGCCAGUCACACCAGACCCUCCAAUCCACCGGAUUUGAGAUCUGUCGUGUAUUCAUCAAGUAAUUUGAAGUCAUCUUCCGAAUCUGGCAUGGUGUCCUCUAUGUUUUUCAGUAACUCUUUUGGGGUUUUCUUGGGAUUUCCUUUGACAUUUUGCAGUUACCAGUUGUGCUCCGAUCUACAGUGGAGAUCUUGGUUUUCAUUUGCUCGGAUGUUGCCUCUGAAAAGUAUUGGUUCCAUGAUCUUACUUUUCGAGCUGACUCAAUUCAGAUACCCUUGUUUGGGUUUCGUUUACCUCAUUGUAAAGCUAUGUUUACUUCAUUAUGAAGCUUCGUUACAUCUCAGCUGUUUUUCUUUUAUAAAGCUUUUAGAAGUGAUGAUAUUUUACAAUCUUUUAUAUCAUUUGUUUUCGCUGUGUUUAGAAAUCUAUUAUCAUAUUUAAUCUUCUAGGAGAUAGUCCAUCUUUCUUUUUAUGAGAAAAGUUAUUUCGCAGAGUAUGAAAUAUGUAAGAGUUUUGGCCAUUUGGAGAAAAAAUUUCAGAGACCUUCUUCAAUGUCAUUUUGCUGAAAGCUUUUGGGACCUCACCUUGUUUCGGUCCAAACCCCGUGAAGGUCCAAGCCCAAUGAAGACUUUGUAUCAUCUCUGCAACAGCUCAAGGAUGUAUUCUCUGCAGGUUUCACCUUGCUGCAAGUUUUUUCGGACUCAGAUGUCCUAAUUAUUUUCCUUUUGUUGGUAUCGAUUUUGAACAAGAUAUCAGGCAUUUCACAGGUUGUGUGAGGCCUUGUUGCUCUCUUUUUUUCCACUAAUGUUUAUCUCUUCCCUGCACUUUGUGUUGCAGCGGCUCUAGCUAUGCUCUUUAAUUCCAUAGCUUCAUCUCACCUUUUAGCAUUAUUGGCGUUGAGUUUAGAGGACUUCUCCAUGUCUCUA